AUGGCUCCGCCCCCAAAGCGCCGGAAGAAGAAUGUCGAAUCAGACGACGACUACCAUCACGACCCCGACCACGACAACAACCACGACAACAACCACGGCAACAAACAAGACCAUGGCCGACCUCAGCACACCAACACGCUGCUCAACUUUCUCACUUCAUCACCCACGAAACCCUCCUCCGCCCGCCCGACACCUUCCCCCGAGCCCUACGAAACCGAAGACAGGCACCUCCAGAAAUGGCCUGAAGCACGACACGAGAAGUCCCAGCACCAGCCCCGUGAAGCCCAGACGGAAGAGAAGGGCAGGUCCGGCGACCUGCUGGCCCUCUUCUCGAGGCAGGCACAAAAGGCCCCGCCCCCAUCGAAACCCGCGCCGCCCCUCAUCCUCGACGACGACAUUGUCAGCGAUCCCAUAUCCGAAGAUGACGUGGUGCCCAAAGCAGGCAGCGCGAGCUUCGUCGGCUUGAACGCGAGGAAACGCUCGCGAGACGGCACGUCGUCGACGACGACGACAGCUACCACAACAACAACUGGUGGUCUGGCCUCGAGCAGCCAGAAAUUCCUCCGACCGCCGAGGCCGAGCCGCCCCGCGGCUCUCGACGAUGACCUGAGGCCGUGGUCCGAGCGAUUCGGCCCCGUGUCCCUCGACGAGCUGGCCGUGCACAAGAAAAAGGUGGUCGAUGUGCGGCGGUGGCUGGAGGAUGUGCUGGCUGGGCGCCUGCGGCAGCGCGUGCUGCUGCUCAAGGGCGCGGCUGGUGCUGGCAAGACGACGACGAUGCGCCUGCUGGCGCGGGAGCUGGGCUGCGAGCUCCUGGAGUGGAGGAAUCCCACGGGGCCGACGAGCGGCGGCCUCGGCUUCCAGUCGGCGUCGGCCCAGUUUCAGGAGUUUCUCGGCCGCGGCGGCAAGUUUGGCCAGCUCGAGAUGGAUGGGGGUGCUGGCGGCUCGGACUCGUCGACGCAGGCCCUGGACAAGGGCACACGGCGCAUCAUUCUGGUCGAGGAGUUCCCCAACACGUUUGCGCGCUCCUCGACGGCUCUGACAUCGUUCAGAAAUGCCCUGCUGGCGUACCUCGCCGCGAACACGCCGUCCCUGUCGGCCUUUGGACGACCGUCACAAAACGCCACCAUUACACCCGUGGUCAUGGUCAUAUCGGAGACCCUGUUGACGACGACGUCGGCGUCGGCAGACAGCUUCACAGCCCAUCGCUUGCUGGGCCCGGAAAUCCUCCGCCACCCAGGGGUCGGCGUGAUAGAGUUCAACGCGAUAGCGCCGUCAAUCCUUGCCAAAGCUCUCGAGCUGGUCGUCACCAAGGAGGCUAGGACAUCGGGACGGAAACGCACCCCGGGACCUCUUGUCCUCAAGCGUCUCGGCGAGAUUGGCGACAUUCGCAGCGCCAUCUCCUCCCUGGAGUUUCUCUGCCUCAAGGGCGACCAGGAAGCCGACUGGGGCGCCAAGGUUGCCUUUACGAAAGCCAAGAGAGGCUCGAAGGAAUUGCUUGCCAUGACCAAAGGAGAAGAGGAGAGCCUCGAGCUCAUCUCACAGCGAGAAGCCAGUCUCGGCAUCUUCCACGCCGUCGGCAAGGUGGUCUACAACAAGAGGGACGAGCUGCCACCCAAAAACGACACGGUCGAAAUCCUACCGAGCCAUCUAACACACUACGCCCGUCCCAAACGCUCGCAGGUUUCCGUCGACGCUCUCAUCGACGAGACGGGCACCGACACGCACACCUUUGUGUCGGCGCUUCACGAAAAUUACCUCUACUCGUGCGAAAGCCCGAGCCCUCUCGACCCCGACUCGUCUCUCGACCACGUCAACGGCUGCCUCGAGUAUCUUUCUCUCAGCGAUCUCCUCAGCCCCUCCUGGGACAUUUUCUUCGGCGGUCGGGGCCCCUCAGGCGGCUACGGUGGCAAGGACUCGAGCAGCCAUGUUCUGCGUCAAGACGAGAUGACCUUCCAGGUCGCCGUGCGCGGCAUGUUGUUCUCGCUGCCGUCGCCCGUCAAACGCAAGACGCCUCCCGGCGUCAGGGGCAGCGACGCUUUCAAGAUGUUCUACCCGACGAGCAUCAAGCUGUGGCGCACCAAGGAGGAGUUUGAGGGCCUCGUGGAUGUGUGGUCGACAAGGCUGCUCAAGGGCGAGGAGAGCGUCGCGCGGAAGGACCUCACACAAGGCGCUGCAGCAUUCCGAAAGCCCAAGGCCGCAGCGUCGACGGCAGGCGCAGCGAGCUGGGUCGCCACACACCAGGCCAAGGGCGCUGGCGGAUCGGCCUCGCACGCCAGUUCCGGCGCCGCAGACGCACACGAGGCGCCGCCUCUGCUGUCGCUCGGGAGCGCCGCGCGCAGGGAGAUGCUGCUCGAGCGGCUGCCCUACAUGGCGCAGAUUGCACGCGGUCGCAGGGGGGGCCUGCACUCGAUCAAGCUGCGGGACAUUGAAAAGGUCGUGUCGUUCCAGGGCAUCGGCGCGCAGCGGGCGGGCGAGGACGUCGAGUCCGGCGACGAGGCGGCCGAGGCCGACGGCGGGCCGAUGAGCGGCGAGGCGUGGGCGACGGAUAAGCCGUCCGAGGAGGCGUCGCCGCGGAAGAAGGCGGCGCGGAUCCGCACCGUGAGCGACGUCUCUGUUUCGGGCUUGGGCGUUUCGGGGCUGGUGUUGAGUGAUGAUGAUAUCGAGGAUUACUAG